AUGUCAGCAAUGAACAUCAGUAACAACCAAGAAACAGAUCUACUUCUAAUUGGUUUUCCAGGAUCUCAAGAAUUGCAGUAUAUGCUUUCUGUCCCAUUUUUCAUCAUGUUCCUAGUUGCAUUGUUUAGCAAUAUAACACUAUUGUUAGUUAUAGUGACAGAACCAUCAUUCUGUGAACCCAUGUAUUACUUUAUGGCCUUUUUAUCAGUUUUAGAUUUUCUUUUACCUGUCAUUUUGUUGCCACAUAUGCUAGUGUUAUUAUGGUGUGGUCAACAGUUUAUACAGCUGGAUGUGUGUUUAACUCAGAUGUUUUUAAUUUCUGUUUUGGCAGGCAUGGAAUCAUCUAUGUUAGUACUAAUGGCUUUUGAUCGCUAUAUUGCUGUGUGCAAUCCUCUGAGAUAUUCAACGAUUGUAACAAAAACAUUUAUAUUUAAAGGAUUCUUACUUGUUAUUGCCAGAAGUACUUGUAUUGUAAUACCAAUGCUUGUACUUGCUAAAUUGUUGCCAUAUUGUAAUGCAAGCAUUGUUAAUAAUGUUUAUUGCGAUUAUAAUUCUGUCAUCAACGCUGCAUGUGCUCAAACAACCUUAAGUGGAUUUUAUCCUUUUUUGACACUUAUUUUAGGAAUUCUCCCUGAUAUAACUUUGAUUGGACUAUCAUACUGCAUGAUUGCUAAAGCUAUAAUUAAUUUAAAAUCAUCUGAAGCCCGUCAAAAGGCAUUUAACACUUGUAGUACUCAUUUUUUUCUGAUUCUGAUAUUCUACCUGUCAGUAACAAUGACAAUUCUAGUAUCACUUUAUGAAAAUAAUGUACCAGCUUAUGUUCCUGUUUUAAUCUCUGCACUAUAUAUCACUGUGCCACCAACAUUAAACCCUCUGAUAUAUGGUCUAAAAAACAAAGAUAUUAGACAAGUAAUAAUAAAACAUGUAAGUAAUUGUGGCAAGAUUUCAAAAUGA